AGUGGUCUCCAGCUGUCGGCCUCCCUCUCUAUCCCCGACCAAAAACCUCCCCUCCCCUCCCAUCCGCUCCCCUCGCCUGAGCAACCCCGUCUCCCGCUUGGCGAUUGGGCACCAACCAUGAUCAUGAGUGCAGGCGCUCAUGCCGGCGCCCUCCCUCCGCCGGCGCCCGCGGAGAGGGGGACGACGGUCGCCGACCUCACGGAGGAAACCCUCCGCGCCAUCCUCCGCCGCCUCGCCCCCGCCGACCUCCUCCGCGCGGCGCUCGCCUGCCACCGCUGGCGCCGGGCCGCCUCCCGGGCCCUCCCGCGCGCGCCGCCCCUCCUCGGCUACUUCUUCCACCCGCUGAACCCGGCCGAGCCGCCCCCCUCGCCGACGUCGGACAAGACCCACCACCCUGCCGUCUUCGUCCCGCUCGACGCCGCCUCCCCGCUCCUCUCCCUCAAGCUCAAUCCCAACGCCGCCCGCGGCCUCUCCAUCCAGGACGUCCACCUCGGUCUCGUCCUCCUUGUCCACCACCCGCGCCCCCAGUCGCUCCUGCCCCGCAUCCUCGCCGUCGACCCGGCGUCGAGCCGCCGCGUGCUGCUCCCGCCGCCGCCGCGCGGCGCGCUGCCCGGCGACCGCUGGAGCGGCGGCAGGAGCGUCAUCGGCGUCGCCGUGCUCUCGCGCGCGCACCCGAGCAGGCUCUCCUUCGACGCCGUCUGCAUCACCGUCGACGGCGACCUCCCGCGCGCCUGGGUCGCGACCGUCCGCGACGGCGACUGUGCCUGGCGCGCGCUGCCGCGGGCGGAGGGGGUCAUCGUCGACUUCGACCCGUGGUGGUUCGAGGCCCGCUGCGUGCACGCGGCUGGGAACAUCUACUGGCACAUCUGCAACUCCAGCCGCCUGCUCCAGCUGGAUCCUCGCACGCUGGAGUUCUCUUUCAUGCCGGUGCCUGCCGUCCUGGGGGACCACCACAACAAGUACCGCGUCGGGGAGAUGCCGGAGGACGGCCGUCUGUGCAUGGCAUCGAUCUUGGAGGACGACGAUCUGCAGAUCUGGGUGCGUGGAAAGGCCAGGUGCAGCGAUAGGGGAUGGUUGAUGGAGAGGGAGAUGUGCAUAACCAAGGUGCUCGACACCGUGCCUGGGCUUCCCAAGGACCCAAUGAGUCGCGUGAUCUGCACCUGGCUCAGCGAUGUCGACUAUGCCCACACCGGGAAGGUUUUCAUCAAGACAUGGGGAUAUGGGCGCUACUCGUUCCAUAUGGAGACUGGCAAGCUGGAGCGCUUGGCGAUGGAAGAUGGCAAGGAGUACGGGGACCCCAUGUAUGCCUACACCUUGGCAUGGCCACCUGAGUUCCUCGCUCCACAAGAUGAACUUUCCGGGUAGUGAGUAGUCACUGGUCAGAGAAGAUAGCAUCACAGAUCAGCUCACCUCCUUGCGUUUCUGGGUCACUAAUGCCGUGCAUCUUCACUGAGCACUUUUCCUGUUUCGUAUGAGUUAAUUCAGACAAAGCUGUUGCAGAAUUUAUCUUUGCACAUUUCUGAAUUAGAUGACAUUCCCAAGACAGUAGGGCAUGCCACAUAAUGCAGAUUUCAGGCGAACCAUGUAUGUUUGCUCGUGAUGAGAUGUUUAUCCCGUUGGACUAAGAUGGCAUUUUGAAGACAUCCGUCAUGAAUGUCGCCCUCUAUGCUUUGUUUCAGCCGAUCUGCUCUUUUGUUCGUCGCCAGUAAUAUUUGUCGCGCUUGACUCU